AUGAGGGGGAACAUUCUUCAGAUAAGUGGUGGGACCUUCUCCAGAGACGAGAGGGGACCUUCGCCAGAGAAGAUGAGGGGAAAAUUCUUCAAACAAGGGGUGGGAACUUCUCCAGAGACGAGAGGGGACUUCCCCAGAGAAGCAGAGGGGGAACAUUCUUCAGAUAAGGGGUGGGACCUUCUCCAGAGAAGAGAGGGGACCUUCGCCAGAGAAGCAGAUGGGGAACAUUCUUCAGAUAAGGGGUGGGAACUUCUCCAGAGACGAGAGGGGACCUUCUCCCAGAGACGAGAGGGGACUUUCCCCAGAGAAGCAGAGGGGAACAUUCUUCAGAUAAGGGGUGGGAACUUCUCCAGAGAAGAGAGGGGACCUUCGCCAGAGAAGAGAGGGGACCUUCGCCAGAGAGAGAGAGGGGACCUUCCCCAGAGAAGAGAGGGGCCUUCUCCAGAGAAAGAGAGGGGACCUUCCCCAGAAGAGAGAGGGGACCUUCCCCAGAGAAGAGGAGGGGACCUUCUCCAGAGAAGAGAGGGGACCUUCCCCAGAGAAGAGAGGGGACUUUCUCCAGAGAAGAGAGGGGACUUCUCCAGAGAAGAGAGGGGACCUUCGCCAGAGAAGAGAGGGGACCUUCGCCAGAGAAGAUGA